AUGGCAGAUGACAAACGGCAGGCAUUUAACGUUGCAAUGCAAGAUGCGCAAAAUGCGUUUUACGAUAUUUUCGUCAAAUUGGAAACGAUGGAGUCAGACUCGCAAAUGCACGCGGAUCAGGUCAAGCAGCUAAGAGAGGACUUGCACAACUCAGAGAAAAUUCGAAUGGAACUCUGUGCCAAGUACAGUAACUUGAGGGUCAAAUACGAGCGGCUACGAACAUCCAUCAAAGAAGCCAUGACUUUGAAUUCACCUACUCCUGAUCUAAUGGCUCGACUCGGAAGCAAGGUUGAAGCUGAUCUCAACUCAACUCGGGUUUCUUCAAGAGCCAGCAGCGGCUCCGUCUCUGAUCAAGUCUCAAAAAUUGAAGGACUUUCCGUUGAUGAAAAUGGAGAAUGA